AUGGAUCCUAACCCCUAGCUUACCCGAUGUAGUCUGUAUCUAACCUAGCAAAUCUCUCCAGGAACAAGCAUCUCGGCCAACGCAGAUAACUUAUCAUCGUAGCGCGUUCUCGCUGGCUCGAUCAGGUUUGGUACGCGGGUAUGUAUACAUAUCUUACGAAAGGGAGAAAAAAGGUCUUGCUGCUGUGGAACCGCAAUCCUCGCGGUUUUGUUUAAUUUCUCUUUUGAUUGGACGGGAAAGACCCAAAACUCGAAAAAUGGCGACGACAGCGACGACGACGACGACAGCGACGAGGUCUAGGCUGCGGGAGUAUUUCCAUACCGAGUAUCAACCUGGAGAGCAGAAACUCGUGCAAAAGAUCGAUUUCUUCAUCUUGACCUUUUGCUGUUUGAGUUACUUCACCAAUUAUCUAGAUCGCUCCAACCUCAGCAAUGCCUACGUCUCGGGUAUGAAAGAGGAUCUGGGCUUCGUAGGCGACCAGCUGAACCAGAUCAACACCUGCUUCACCGUCGGCUACGUGAUCGGCCAGAUCCCUGCCAAUCUAUCGCUGCACUAUAUCAAACCGCGAUAUUUCUUCCCGGCCUGCAUGUUCAUCUGGGCUUGCUUGACCAUGGUCACGGCCUCGGUGCACAACCCGCAGAGCAUCAUGGCCAUCCGCUUUUUCCAGGGCAUAGUCGAGGCUACUACCUUCGUCGGCACCCACUACAUCCUCGGGUCCUGGUACACGGAGCGCGAGCUGGGGAAGCGCUCUGGCAUAUUCACUGCCUCUGGCCUGGCUGGGACUAUGAUUGGAGGCUUUAUCCAGACGGGCAUUCACUCCAGUCUGGACGGUAGAAACGGCCUCCGUGGAUGGCGCUGGUUGUUCAUUAUAGAUGGCAUCAUCACGUUGCCAGUCGCACUCUACGGUUUCGUCUUCUUCCCAGAUACGCCAUCAACAACUGAGGCUUUCUACCUUACCGAAUCCGAGAAGGCUUUGGCCGUAUCUCGCGUGCCACCGGUAGAAGAUCGAUCGCCAAUAUCUUGGGCCUUCUUCAAAAACUCCUUCUCGUCUUGGUUCUUCUGGGGGUUCGUUGUGCUCUGGAUCAUUGCUGGCGAGACCGAAUCUUUCAGCUCAAAUUCUCUGCUGGCCUUGUACAUGAAGAGCCACCCGACGACGAAAUAUACGGUCCCUCAGCUGAACAACUACCCUAGCGGUGUGCCUGCUAUUGGUAUUAUAUCAACCUUGUUCUGGGCAACGCUUACAGACUACCUUAAUGGGAAGCGUUAUCUUGUCGGUUAUUUCAUUGGCAUCACAGGCGUGGCUACUUCUGCCAUAAUCCUAGCCGCUUCCAAAGACCCGACGAGUUCGGCAUCGACUUCUAUGGUGUUUGGUGCUUAUUACUGGGCGGGCGCCGUGUAUGCCUGCCAGGCUACCUUCUUCGCCUGGGCCAACGAUGCUCUCCGCUACGAGGAUCAAAUGUUCCGAGCUGUUGUUCUGGCUGGUAUGAACCUGGGAAGCAACGCUGUGAACGCCUGGUGGAGCAUUGUCUUUUACGGAGCGUCGAUGGCACCGUGGUUCACUAGGGGAAUGUGGGCUAUGAUUGCCGUGUCUAUCUUGUUAGCACUCUGGACUGCCGGGCUGUCUUACACGACUGCCAAACAUGAAAGGAUACGGAAAGCGGAAUUCGAGCAAUCUGGUGCCGAUGGCCGCAAAAGUGUUACCGAAUAUGCAUGAUACUUACGGCCGAGGGCGUCUCGAGAGGCUCGGUACUUAAUAAUAGUAAGAUGGAGUGUUACUACUACUACUACUACUACUACUACUACUACUACUACUGUUACCAUUAGCGCUCAGGAUUAAUGGGACCACGAUUUAGGAAACCGAAGACAUGAUAGGGCGAAGGCUCAUUAUUAAAAGAAAUGACAGUUAAUCUGACAGACCUCGAAGAAAGUCCCAGUUUUUAUUGUUUCUUGAGCAUAUGCCCAGGGUAUUGAUACGGCCACAAAAUAUUCGAAUUGGCGAUGCUUGAUUAUCGAGGAUAAAUCAGUUCGACUACACAACCCGACGACUCGUUGUGCCCAACGGAGUAUGU